AUGUCCUAUUAUCCCUCCGACGCCCCCCCUCAAGGACCCCCUCAUAUCCACGUGGACUCCUCGCCGAGCUACAAUCCAUUUAACGAUUCCAACGAGGUCUCUCCCGGAGGCCAUGCGCAAUCUCCUGUUUCGCCUGUUUCGCGUUCAUUGACUCCGCCCGUCGGCUUCAACCAUGUUGGAAACUAUGCAUACGGGAGUGCGAACACUCCUACUGAGUCGUCGGACUACCUAGUGCCUCCCCAGGCAGCGCUCCCCUCCAGGGAUAACUAUAAUUUUGCACAAUCCCCAGAUCAAUCGGCCUUCUCGUCGCGCCGCACGAGUUGGAGUUCGGACGUUGGUGCCAGCGAAAAUAGACCUUUUGUCCACAACCCAUUUGAUGACUCACGAGCUGUUUCCCGAGCGGGCAGUGAUGAUGAAGAUCUCAACACCCAAACCGUGUCGCAGAAAUACAAUAUCGUGCCCACCGACGGCCUGAUUUUAUUUCCUGAAGAUGUGGAGAAGGAUGACGAUCUGCACAACCCGGAUUUGCUGCAGGAGAAAGACAGAGCCUGUGAUCUGUUCAAUCUGCGUGGCUUCAACUUGCUUUUCCUAAUCAUUUUUGCCCUGGGCCUUUUGAUGGUGUUUAUUGGCUGGCCCAUCCUACAAUUCCUCGGGCCGAAAGAGUUGUCGGAUACCAACGAAAGCAAUUGCGAUCCUGGUGAUACACUGUGCUUGGACGUGGGGCCACGGCCGUUACUCAAGAAUAUCCGGACUGGACUUAUCGAUCCAGAUACCCCCGAAUCCGCCAAGACGAAGGUAGCUGCAGAUGGCAAGAUAUGGAAUUUGGUGUUUUCGGACGAAUUCAACACGGACGGAAGGACCUUUUACGAUGAGGACGACCCAUUUUUCCAAGCCGUUGAUUUGUGGUACGGAGUAACACAGGAUCUAGAGUGGUACGAUCCCGAUGCGAUCACGACCAAGGAUGGGAAGUUGCAGAUCAGAUUCGACGCGUUUGUCAACCAUGAUCUCGACUACCGUUCGGGCAUGCUGCAGUCCUGGAACAAACUCUGCUUCUCGGGCGGCCGUCUCGAGGCAAGCAUAUCCCUUCCCGGAAAAGGGGAUGUGUCCGGUUUCUGGCCAGGAUUUUGGGCCAUGGGCAACCUGGGUCGGCCAGGGUAUGCAGCAACGACGGAAGGAUUAUGGCCUUACAGCUAUCACGACGAAUGCGACCCGGGAAUCACGGCAAACCAGAGCCAAACCGAUGGGAUCAAUUGGCUUCCGGGAAUGCGCUUGCCUGCCUGUACAUGCAAGAAUGAAGACCAUCCGAACCCGGGCAAAUCACGCAGCGCGCCUGAGAUCGAUGUCAUCGAAGCUAGUGUUGGUGCCUUGAAUAACAAUGAUGACGCCGUCAUCGGUAUCGUGUCGCAGAGUUUGCAGAUCGCACCUUAUGACAUUUUCUACAUGCCUGACCUUGAUUUUGCUGCGGUGUAUAAUGACAAGAUCACACACGUCAACGAGUGGCGCGGUGGACCUUAUCAGCAAUCGAUGUCUGGUCUUAGCAAUCUAAACAACGACUGGUACGAUGGCAAGGCGUACCAAAUCUACGCGUUUGAGUACGAACCAGGCCCGCAAGGGGCGGUGACUUGGUUCGUCGGUGAAGACAAGACGUGGACUCUGGAUGCCAGGGCUGUGAGGCCGAACGGUAAUGUCGGCCAGCGCGUGAUCCCAGUCGAACCGAUGUCGAUCAUCAUGAAUUUGGGCAUGGGACAGAGCUUUGCACCGAUCAAUAAGACCAUCCACGAACUGAUGCCCGCUUACAUGCGUUUCGACUACAUCCGGAUCUACCAGGACCCGGACAACGAUAACCACACGGUGACCUGUGAUCCUCCGGGCAGGGAGACAACGGAAUAUAUCAAGAAGCAUGAGACGGCCUACACGAAUAUCAAUGUUACAUCAUGGGCUGAUGCCGGGUAUGACUGGCCGAAGAAUUCGUUCGUCCACGGGUGCUCGUAA